GCUGGCACUUUCCGGUUGCCCAUAAACUAUGUUCGUUUUUUCUCUCGUUUGAAUACUGGUCUCGAAGUAAAACUAUCGUUAACAAGUGCGUCGAAAUUACUCUUAUUUUUUCGCGAGUGCUGUUAAAAUGGGAAAAAGGAAGAGAGAUAAAGAAAAAGAUGAAGUUUAUAUUAAGAAAAAGAUAAAAAAACUUCAAGAAAAGCUGCAAAGACAUUCCGUCGAACCAGAUCGCAGUUCUACUCCUCCUGUACAACCGCAGUCGAAGACUCCGCAGCAGCCGCCGACAGAAGACUCUUCACCAUCACCGGCGUCUUCACCGUUGCAUACUAGGCCACACGAUGACCCUGAUAUAAAUGCAGAAAUUGUGGACGAUGAACUCCCUGAGGAGUUCCUACUUGCUCUGGGGACUGAAGGUCAGGAACAGGCAGAAGUUGGAAACCCUAUCAGACCUGAAUUGGCCUCCCGCUGGACAAAAAUUAUGAAUGACGGCUUGGGUAAAGAGGCUAGAGAAGCAAUUGUGAAAAAAUACCCUCCACCAGCCAAUUUUUCUGCUGCAAUAGCACCGAUAAUUAAUCCAGAGAUUGCGUCUACACUCUCAGAUCCCUCGGUCAAAAGAGAUAAAAGGAUUAUGAUAAGACAGGGCUUAACAGGCACAUUAUUGUCUUGCCUAGGAAAAUGCUUAACUGACGUUUUACUAGGAAAUAUUAACUCUAAAAAGUUAAUUGAAGAAAUCAAUGACGCUGCGAAGUUGGCUGGGGAAAUCCACUACCAUGAUUCAAAUUCGAGAAAAUUCUUUUGUUUGGCUGGAGCGAAUAAAACCAUCCAAGAUGCUAUUCGUCAUCAAAAGACCGAUAAGUUUUUAUUUGGUACAGAUUGUGCUGACAAGAUCAGAGCUGCACAAACAAUCCAGAAAACUUCAAAUACUAUUAAGAACCAUCCAGAGAAAGAAAAGAAGCAGCAGAAACAAGCAGCAAAUAACAAACAGUUCAAGCAGUUAAACUGGAAGAGCCCACCACAAUACAGUCAGCAGUAUCAUCGGAUGCGUGGUGGGCAACAAUACCAUCAACCCCGGAAGCACUACAACCAGCCUCACCGGAAAGAGAGACACAGCUCCCACAAGCAGAGGUCCAGAUAUCACCGAUAGAACCUGAGGUACAUGCAGAGAUGUCCAUCCCCUACAUCGUCAUCUUACCCUGGCUGCCGGGCUGCUAUCGGCGAGGCGUACAGUAGGCGCGGAACGCCAAAAUCAGCAAUUCAGAUAAUGUUAAAUUCUCUUUCAAAUAACACGCUGAAACAGUAUGAUACUUCUUUCAAACAAUGGUGGCUAUUCUGUAAGCAAAAUAAGAUUGAUGUUUAUCAGGCGUCUAUACCAUUCGUACUUAAGUUUUUAACAGAGCGUUUUGAAAAUGGAGCCUCUUAUGGCACAAUUAAUAGUACUAGAUCCGCUCUAUCUCUUCUUAUUGGACCUAGAAUAGGAAAUGAUGAUAGGAUAAAACGGUUUGUUAAAGGAGUAUUUCGAUUAAAACCUCCUACUCCAAAAUAUAAUAUAACAUGGGACCCUAGCAUUGUCCUCAAUUAUUUAAAAGGCUUGUACCCUAACGAAGUUAUAAGCUUGGAACAGCUUACCCAUAAAGUGGUGAUGUUACUUGCCUUAACGACAGGACACAGAGUCCAAACAUUAUCCUUAAUUAAGAUUAAUAAUAUUCAAUUUACUCAUGAGGGAGUUCAAAUUUUUAUACCAGAUUUAAUUAAAACUUCAGGAAAAAACAGUAAACAACCAUUAUUAAAUUUAAAAAUAUUCAGUAAUAAGAUUGAAGUCUGCCCAGUCACUACUUUAAAUUCUUAUAUCAAAAGAACACAGUCUAUUAGAGAUACUAACAGUCUUUUAAUUACGCAUAAAAAACCUCACCAUGCUGUUUCUACCCAGACUAUAAGUCGCUGGAUAAAAAAUGUACUUAAGGAGGCAGGCAUAGACGUUAACAUCUUUACAGCCCAUAGCACUAGACACGCCAGCACAUCAGCUGCAAGCAGAUCUGGUAUAUCCAUAGAUAUUAUCCAAAAAACAGCUGGUUGGUCAGAAAACUCUAUUUGCUUUGCUAAGCAUUAUAACAGACCAAUUUCUUCAGAACCUGACCAGUUUUGUAGUACGAUAUGUAACUUGAUAUCAGACUGAAUGUCAUGUUGAUUAUAAUUACAUUGUUAUCUUAAAUGUUACUGAUUUAAUAAACAGCUUUAUUUCUUAAUCAGAUUGUAUGAUUAUGUACUCGCAACCCUAUCUUUGAACAUCUACAAUGGUUAAGUUAACAGGGAGAGAGAUAAAUGUUAUUAUUAGAUUAAACGAACUUACCUUAAGUGAAGUUCUAUCUUAAUAACAUGAUUCUCUCUCCCUGUUAAGAGAGUCCCAUCCCUUCCCUUGUGUAUAUAUGCUAAUAUACUUUUCCCAUUUACAGGGUUGCUCUAAUAAUCUACUGAAAUAUACUUUAAACGAAAUGACUUGUCGUACCGGAUGCCAUAGACUAGACAACUGGAGCUGUUCGAGCUUCUUUUUUAAAAGCUUUGAAAAUUGUGAUAAAUGUUGGAUACAAUAAAGGUUAUACAAUG